AUGAAAUCAUUAUUAGGUGAUAGUCCCAUCACACCAUUAACUGAGAAGUCCAUACUUCUUACUGAUAAUAAUAAUGAAGAUUAAUUUUAUCUUAUAACCUAAUAAAAUCAAUUAAUAUACGAAACUUAAUAAAAACAAAACCAUUUACUAAAUCCAAGAAUUUUAACAUAAAAAUAGAACUUACAUAAUAAAUUAAAUUCAGAAUAUUAAGAAUUAAUAGAGAGAAAAAAUUAAUUAAGAAAUAGUUAUGAAUAACUACAAUUGCAAUAAUGUUCAUUUAAGCCAAGAAUCAGUCAAAAAAGUAUAGAAAUGAAAUCUCAAGAUAUGUCAUAACCACGUUAUAUGUCACCUAAAAAAAGUUUUAUUCAAGAAUGUACUGAACCUCUUUAGACAUAGUAAUCACCAUAAUAAAAAUAUAAGAAUAAAUCAAACAAAGAGAAUUUUUGGGAAAGACUUAGUUAGAAUAAGUAAAGUCUUUAAAUAUAGACAUAACAACUUAUUGUUAAUGAUAAACCAGAUAAAGAUAAAAUAGAUUAAACUAAAAUAAAUGAUAUUGUGAAUAGAUUAUAUAAUCAAGCUUUUUAGCCUAAAAAAUAAAAAUAAACUAAAGAUAGCAGAAAUUUUUAAGGUUCAUUGAGAGGAAGCCACAAUGAAAAACUUGUAAUUCAUUACUUUGUCAGAGAAUUCUAUAAAGUAUUAACUUUAGCAAGGUGUGAUACUUUAGAAAAUUAAAAAUUUAAUUAACAAUGCUCAUUUAAAUUCUAAAUAGAAUGUGAUUUAUGCUUAAUUACUUUUAAUGAAUUGUGUGAUAUCUUGGAUAAUUUGGGAUUUGUUCCAAUAGAAAAUAAAUAAUUAUAAAUAGAUAUAUUUUAACAUUUGUAAUGUCCUCCAGAUUUCGAUUUGAUAUUGUCAAGAAACUUAUUAUGUUUUUUAUUAUGUGUUUAAGGUUAUCAUAAUGAAAUAGAAUAAAUACCAAAUUAUGAAAAUCAAUACAAAAUUAACUUUCCUAUUCAAUUUAACAAUGGAAUAACAUAAUUUAUUAAUGGAAAUUUAAGAGUUUAUAAUCCAGAGUUAUUAUUAUAAAAAUAUAAUAUUCUAAAUGUGAAUCAUUUGGCUUAUAAAAAAACUACUGAAUUAUAUUAAGAUGUUAAUACUUCUUUCAAAACUAAUAAAUAAACACAAAUAUUAGCAAUUUAGCAUCGAAAAAGAGUAGCAUCUGAAAUUCAAAAUGCAAAUGUUACUUUAAAUGAUUAUGAUUAAAUUUAUAAUAAAAAGAAAUAAAGACUAAUUGAAGAAUAAGAAAAAAUUAAUCAAGAGUAAUGUACUUUUAACCCUUAAAUAAAUGAGGGUCAAGUAAAAUCAAAAUAUCUCUAAUCUAAACCAUAGAAAUAAAAUGAUUAAUGUGAUAAAUCAUAAAUUAAUUUAAAUUAAUUUACUCCAAACACUUUUAAAACAAAGCCUGCUGUUCUUUAAAUGAAACCAGCAAAUAGUAAUAUAGCGAUAGAAAGAAUGAUUAAAGGGAGAGUUUAAAGAUAAUUGAGUUAAGCUAUUAUUAAGUAAGGAACUUGUAAUUCCAAAAAGAGACAAUAAUUAGAAGACUAAAUUUAUGAAUAAGAGAUGGGUCAUAAGUAACCAUUAAUGUUUAUUGAUGUUAUUCUUGAUAAUAACAAAAAGGAGAGAAUUAUUGUAAAUGAAAAUGAUACUGCUAAAAAAUUAGCAUCUCAAUUUAUUGAGAAAAACAAAAUAGAUAAAAAUCAUUAAGAAAAUUUAAUAAAGUUAAUUCAGUAACAAUUACCAAAUCAAUGA